AUGUCUACUCUCCACGCACUCGACCCACGCGACCUCCCUCUCUGGGGCCAAGGGCCUCCCGAGCCUCGAACACGAGCGUCGAACAACCCGACACUGCUCUUCUCAUGGUGGUGUACCAUCUUCUCCGCCGUCAUCAUCAUCACUCGACUAUGCGGGCGAAAGACUCGGAGCAAUGUGCUGUUCAGGGAAGAUUGGAUCAUGAUGCUUGCAUUGAUCCCUCUGAUGGUCAGAAUGGGCUUCAUUCAUGUCGUCCUGAUCUACGGCACGAACAAUAGCGAGCUGGAACACCGAAGUGUUGGUGCAAGGCUGGUUCUUGCCGCGAGGAUAUUCUACGCCAUGUUCAUCUGGCUGAGUAAGCUUACGAUAUCUGAGUUCUUGAAGAGGAUUACGAUCCGGAUCUGGAGGCGGUCGUAUGAGCUUACUCUGCGCGGAGUGAGAAUCUUCCUAGUAAUCACGUUCUUCAUUGUGGUCAUCUUGACGCUCUGCGAGUGCCAGCCGUUCGACCACUACUGGCAGGUUGUGCCUGAUCCGGGACCACAUUGUCGACAAGGUUUUGGCAACCUGAUUGCCAUGGGCACCUGCGAUGUCAUCACCGACAUCUUGCUGAUUGCUUUUCCAAUCCCGAUCAUCAUGAAGUCCGGUCAAACUUGGAAACGAAAGUUCCAGCUGGUGUCGCUCUUCAGUCUCUCGAUCAUUUUGAUCGUCGUGACACUGCUACGAGUACCCAAAGUCAUUGAACGAGGCGGCAGACAGCAGUAUCGGACUGUUUGGGCAUCUUGUGAGAUUCUGGCAUCCGCGGCUGUCUCGAACACUGUCAUCAUCGGAUCGUUUCUCCGCGACAAGGGCACAAAGAAGAACAAGUACCGAUCAUCAAGUGUUACCGACAGCAUUGACCGUACGUCCGCACGGCGGCCAACUCUGGCAACAAUUCACUCCACCGACAGCGAUGAAGAUCUUUUCCGCUUCCUCGGGAUGCGUGUCCCGGAGCAUCUCAGAGACACAUCUGAACGAGGUCCUCGUCCUGCGCCGGCUGCGGAACCUGCGUCACCCCAUAGACCAAGCGGGCAGGUCGGAAGGCUUCCCAACAAGAGCUCACAAGACCGUGGCGACACCAACAGCAGUGAUUCGGAUGACUCCCUGCGGAAGUCCGUCGCGGCGGAACCGAAGUCUCGAUCUCCACCACCCCAGAGCACCACCCGCUUAUCCUUCUUCGAUGUCGGCGGUCUUCUCGAAAAUGGACAAAAGCGAUCUUCCUCCGGCUCACGAGCCCGCUCCCCUGCAUCACAAGACCAUUCCGCCAAUGGCGUCCUAACCCACGACUUUGCGCCCUCCACUCCCACCUUCAGCCGCCGCGGCUCACAAGCCCACGACUUCGCCUACCCGACCCCAGAGUCCCGGCGCAACUCCCGCGCCGCCGCCCUAGCGCAUCUCCAAGACAUCGGCGGGCUCUUGACACCGAGCACCAGCCACGCAAGCAGCGGUAUGGACCGCUACCACGGUCGGAGACAAUCUGACUCCCAUAUCCACCCACCGCCGCGACAUACUCGACCCGCGCCGACGGGGAUUUUGGGGCCAAUGCUUGAGCGGCAUGAGACGCAGCAUAGUCUGCAGGAUGUUGGGGGGUUGCUUGGAAGUGUUGCUGAAGGCGGGAGGGGUGGGAGACUGGCGAGGAUACAGUCGGAUUCGGCUGCUGAGGGUGUGCAGACCAGGGCUACGAGUUCGACCAUGCGGCCUUCAGCAACUGCAGAGGACGACAUCGAGCUUACGGACUUGGGUGGUUUGAUGGCUGCAGAUCACGAGCCGGAUGCGAGUGCAGCUUCUCUUCAACGCGCCACAGGAAGUACCGCGCAGAAUCGACCAUUGCCUCGAGCUGUGCCUUCGCCUCUGCAACAGGACGCUGGUUGGGAGAGUUUGGAUAUUGAAGAUCCGGGCGGUCUCUUGAGCAAGCCUUGA